CAUAAAAAAACCCCCCAGUUCCCGUAGCCAGCCAGCCAGCCUCCAUAGAGUGAGAGAGUGUGUAGGGGCAGUGGAGGGGAGAGAGAGAGAGAGAGAGAGAGAGAGGAGUAGUCCCCAAUGUGCACCACUGAGCCGACUCGCCCGGGUUCUCGGCCGGCGGCGCCCGAGCCGGAAUGCUCCAGAUCCAGCUCCUCCUCCUCCUCCGCCGCGGCCGGGGCCGGGUCCUCCUGGAUCGCGGAGUCCAUCCAAGGCGGCUCCCUCCGCCACGUGGACCUGCACACCGGGACCAAUGGCUGGGCCUCCCCUCCCGGAAAUGUCUUCUCCCUCCGCUCCAAGCACUACUUCAGCAAGCGCCAGAAAUCCCCUGCCGGCGACUACCUCCUCUCCCCCGCUGGCAUGGACUGGCUCAGGUCCACCACCAAGCUCGACAACGUCCUCGGCCGCCCCGACAACCGCGUCGCCCUCGCCCUCCGGAGGGCCCAGGCCUCCGGGCGCUCCCUCAAGUCCUUCAUUUUCGCCGUCAACCUCCAGGUCCCCGGGAAGGACCACCACAGCGCCGUCUUCUACUUCGCCGCCGAGGACCCGAUCCCCGUCGGCUCGCUCCUCUACCGCUUCAUCAACGAGGGGGACCCGUUCCGGAACUCCCGGUUUAAGAUCGUGAACAGGAUCGUGAAGGGGCCCUGGAUCGUCAAGAAGGCGGUGGGGAACUACAGCGCUUGCCUCCUCGGCAGGGCAUUGACGUGUAAUUACCACCGGGGGGAGAACUACUUCGAGAUUGACGUCGACAUCGGGAGCUCGAAGAUCGCGAGCGCUAUCCUCCACCUCGCCCUGGGGUACGUGACCAGCGUGACCAUCGACAUGGGGUUCCUCGUGGAGGCGCAGGCGGAAGAUGAGCUCCCGGAAAGGCUGAUCGGGGCGGUCAGGGUGUGCCAAAUGGAGAUGUCGUCGGCCCAGGUGGUGGAAGCUCCCUCCCACGCGCCGCCUCACGCGCGCGGCCACGGGAUUUCCUCUAGGGUCAACCACCACAUGUCCGGGGACGACGGAGACGACGACAACGACCAUUAAUAAGGAAACAAAACCUCAGCACUUGGCAGGAGAUGGGUGUACUUCCAUGAUGGGAAGCGGCAUAAAAGCACCAAUCAUCUCGGGAUUUCAUCCUCGAAUUAGCGGAUUCCGACAGUGCCACAGCUCAUGGUUGGUGCUGUUGCUUUAUGCCCACUGGGUAUGAGUGGGACGACCGCCUGGUAGCUUUCCAUUUCAAAUGGGGAAUGAACGAACGAACGAACGAACGAUUUGAUAGUUGUAGAUAGCUAAGUUCAUUAAAUUGCAAAUAACAGUGACAUUUUCUUGAUGAAGAAAGGAAGUGUCUUUUUCCUUCUCCCUUGCUGUGAUUUCCACAGCAAUUGCAGUUCUAUCUUCUUGUCAUGAAAGAGAAAGGAAGGCGACAUGCUUGAUUUCA